CCCAUCUAAUCACUAUAUACACCUACGUAGUACGUACACUUUCUUUUUCACUUGAAAUUUUUGUAGCACAUUCACUUUAUAUGAUGCAAUUGUUAUCAAUGGAUUAUGAUAUUGAUAACAUUAUUAUAGUUAUCAAGUAUGUUGCAUUUUAUCUAGCAACCUAUUUCACACUUAAGCAUACCAUCCUACAUUCCAAGGUUAAGGGCAAAUUGCCACCACGUCCAUUCCUCUCAUUCCCUAUUAUAGGCCACCUCUACCUCUUUAAGAGGCCCCUCUAUCGCUCCCUUGCCCAUUUGGCGGUCAAGUACGGCCCAGUCCUCUAUCUCAAGAUGGGGGCCCGACCUGUACUUUUACUCUCCUCUCCAGAGGCCGUUGAGGAGUGUCUUGUUAAGAGUGACGUGUUUGUAGACCGCCCCCGCCUCCUCCCUGGGAAGCAUGGGGGCAAUAACUAUACUAACAUGGCAUGGUCCCCUUAUGGGGACCACUGGAAAAACCUACGACGGAUUGCAGCCGUUGAGAUCUUAUCACCUCAGCGGCUGCAAAUCCUGUCAGGGAUCCGGGCUGAAGUAGCCCAGUCCUUCAUUUGUAGGAUGAUAAAGGACAUCACCGAAAAUGACGGAAUAGUGGAGAUGAAAUCUGCCAUUUUUGGGUUGACUCUAGAUAACAUGAUGAGGAUGUUAAUAGGGAAGAGUAACUACGUGGAGGCGAGCGGGGGAAUGGAAGCUUCUAGAAGGUUCCAAAAAACUAUGGAGGGUAGUUUUAGGGUGAGUGGAGUGAAUAACAUAGAAGAUUUUUUGCCAAUUUUGAAAUAUUUUAAGGUGUUUUUAGGAUCACCUGAGGAGUUCAUGAAGAAGUUAAUAAAAGAAAAGAAUACAUUCAUGGAAGGAUUAAUGUUAGAACAUAGAGAGUUAGAAAGAGAAGGAAAUUUAUCUGAUGGGAGAAAGAGGGCAAUGAUACAUGUUUUAUUGUCCUUACAAAAGGAGGAUCCUCAUUAUUAUUCCGAUGAGAUGAUUGGAAGCCUCAUUUUGGCCUUAUUUCAAGGUGGAACGGAUACUUCAGCCGCAACAGUAGAAUGGGUGCUUUCUCUCCUUCUCAACAACCCUAAAGUCCUAAAGAAAGCACAAGAAGAAAUCGACACAAACAUAGGAAACACUCGUUUAGUAGAAGAAUCCGACAAGAACAACCUCCCUUACCUUCAAUGCAUCAUAAACGAGACACUACGAAUGUACCCUACCGGUCCCCUAGGACUACCUCAUGAGUCUAGGGAUGAUUGUUACGUAGGGGGAUACCACGUCCCUAAAGGGUCUAUGUUAAUUUACAACAUAUGGGCGGUACACAAUGAUCCCAACAUAUGGGACGACCCAAGAAAUUUUAAGCCAGAGAGAUUUUCGGGUCUUGAGAAAACUACAUUAGGGUACAACUUCAUGCCUUUUGGUACCGGUAAAAGAAUUUGCCCCGGCGAGCACUUGGCAAAUAAAAUGAUUUGGUUGGCCGUUGCAAUAUUGGUUCAAUGCUUCGAUUGGGAGCGAACUAGUAACGAUUUAAUCGAUAUGGAGGAAACUGGUGGUCUUUCGUUAGUAAAACUCGUUCCUCUACGUGUUAAGUGUUGUCCUCGGCCUUGUAUGAUGAACGUUUUAUCUGAACUCUAAAUCUAAAUGUUCGUAUUACACACAUGAAGUGUCUAGAAAAAAUAUCUAGUCCCUCUUUAUCCUUAUCCUUUGUUUGUUAAACUACGUAUUAUCGUUAAACUACGUAUUAUCGUUAAACUACGUAUUAUUGUGUUGAGUUGUUGCUGUUGUUGAGGGGAGUGGAAAGGACGACUAUUUGUGAGACAAAUUAUUAUGCUGUCUAAUCAAUAAAAUUUUAUCUUUCAAUACUAUAUGAUUAUCAAUAUAUUA